CCACUCGAAGAAUAUCUCGUUCCGAAAGGAAGAGAAGUUGUUGUCAUCCCUUAUAUAAGUUGUGUGUCAGUUCAGUACUUAUUCAUUUUCGAGAUCGCUGUAUCUUGCUACACGUAUUAGGUUUAAUAGUAGUAACGUUUUAAAUUGCGUAACGCAUUAAGAUGACUUCUAUCGGCACUGGUUACGAUCUUUCUGCCGCUCAGUUUUCUCCUGAUGGGCGCGUAUUUCAAAUAGAAUAUGCACUCAAGGCUGUUGAAAACUCUGGAACAGCAAUUGCGCUCCGUGGCAAAGAUGGUGUCGUGUUCGCAGUAGAAAAACUUGUUACGUCCAAGCUCUAUGAAAAGGGAGCUAAUAAACGCUUGUUCACAGUGGAUCGACAUGUAGGAAUAGCCGUGGCUGGUUUGCUAGCUGACGCUAAACAAGUGGUUGAAAACGCUGCGCGGGAGGCCUCAAACUACAGGUCGGAAUAUGGCACACCAGUUCCUUUAUCGUAUUUGAAGGACCGGGUAGCCUUAUACGUGCAUGCGUAUACGUUAUACUCGGCAAUCCGACCGUAUGGUGCUGCAGCUCUCUUUGGCGCUUAUGACGUGCAAGAAAAGCAAGCACGACUUUACUGCGUAGAGCCAUCAGGCACUUGUUACGGGUAUUAUGGUUGCGCAAUCGGUAAAGCCAAACAGACCGCAAAAACUGAGAUGGAGAAAAUCAAGCUGGCCGAGAUGACAUGUCGACAGCUUGUAAAGGAGGCGGCUAAAAUUAUUUAUGUAGUCCACGAUGAGGUCAAAGAUAAAGACUUCGAAUUGGAAUUGAGCUGGGUAUGUGAGGAGACAAACGGAUUUCACCAAUUUGUACCGCCAGAGGUUUUGGCCGAAGCGGAGCAUUUUGCCAAGCAAGCGAUGGAGGAGGAUUCUGAUCAAGGAGAAGAUUAAAAAACCUUACAAUAUCUCAAAAGUAACCGCGAGUUUUGAAUCUAAUGCGUUUUAAGUUGAAAACAAGUUUUCAAUAAAAGGAGGGAAUAUUUUAAAAAAAGGCGAAAUCAAACUUUCUGUGAGAAUAAAAUAGAAUUUAAGAUUGGCGGUUUAAUAUAAAAAGUUUUUGUUCCUUCUGAGUAUAUAAAGAAGUUGAAGUUCUAUCAUAUGUAGCUUUUGCUAAUAAAAACAUUUCCAUAUCACAAGGUA